GCUAUUCUUCAGGAUGUUUCGUCGUUGAACGAAAUCACUUCUGAUUUUGAAAUUGAUAUUCUAUUCUCGCAACUGUGGCAUGAUACGGCACUCAGUUUCGCUAAUUACACGUCUUGCAAACAUAACAUAACAAUGGAAUCGAGGUAUAUCAACUCGAUUUGGACGCCCAAUACGUGCCUUAUCAAUUCAAAGCGAACAGUGAUUCACUCAUCGCCCACUGCCAACAUUAUGUUUAUACUUUAUGAGAAUGGAACCGUGUGGAUUAACUACAGAAUGUCAGUGAAGGCGCCUUGCGACCUUGAUCUCAGGACUUUUCCAUUUGACACUCAGUCGUGCAUUCUCGUCUUUGAAUCAUAUUCGCAUAACAGUGAAGAAGUGAAGUUGAAGUGGAUGGACGAGGCCGUCACUCUGAUGAAACAGAUUCAACUUCCCGAUUUCGAUAUGGUCUUCUUUAGGGCCAAUAACGAAACUAUGCUCUAUCCGAACGGUUAUUGGGAUCAACUACAGGUGGUGUUUACGUUUAAGCGGCGAUACGGGUUCUACAUAUUGCAAGCGUACGUACCGACCUAUUUGACCAUAAUUGUGAGCUGGGUUGGUUUUUGCAUGGAACCGAAAGCAUUGCCUGCAAGGACAACAGUUGGUGUCUCAUCUCUGCUGGCCCUCACGUUUCAGUUUGGAAAUAUCCUCAAGAAUCUGCCGCGUGUAUCGUAUAUAAAAGCAAUGGAUGUUUGGAUGCUUGGCAAGUUUUCGAUACGUAGAAUACCUUCAUCCAAUUAUUUUCAUUCACGAUACCACCCUUCAUCGAAUGAAAAUGCGAACAGCACAAACUUCGUCGCUCAUUGGUUCAUGGAAUUCCCGAUUCAUAUAUUCAUACACUUAUAUAAUCAACACUUACUUGACAGCAAAUUUGUAGGAUGCAUAUCUUUCGUUUUCGGGACAAUGCUUGAGUUGGCGUUUGUUUGUUACAUUAGCCGAUGUCAAAAUCUUAGUGAGCGACGAUCAAGUGAACGACGAUCAAGUGAGCGGCGAAGUGAAACGUAUGGAAUGCAUCGAAAUCAGAACUAUUCAACCACUAAUGGAUUGUACAGAGCUGAUAGAAUUAGAGGUAUACUGAUUAAUUGA